UAUUCAUUUAAUAUUUAAUAUUAUAUUUACUAUUAAUAUUUUAUUUAUUUUAAUAUUAGUAUUAUAUUAUUAAUGUUUUAUGCUUAAUUUAAUCUAUGGUAUAAGGUCUAAGGUUGCAACCCAAAAUUUCUAUUAUCUUUUAUGAUCGUGGCUAUGAUAAUGAUUAUUGAUAUGAUUUGAGAAAUAAAAAAAAUGUAACCUGUAGUAUGGACCUUACUGUAUUAUUAGCUAUUUUUUCUGCAUCUGUCAUUGUAGGACUAUUUGGUUUUGUAUUUCGAUACAAAUUUUUCAAAAGUGAACUAGAUAAAAAUAUUGAAGUUGAAACUGUGAAUAGACCAAGGACUGGAAUUCGUGGACAAAAUCGAAAUGCAAUUCGGCGUAACGCUCGUAAUAUUUUAGAACCUAGGAAUGAUAAUGCUAUAGUAGAAGAUGAUGACGAUGAAACCCCAGUAGAUACCACAGUUAUUGAUCCAAAAUUAGGGACAAAAAAACGUGCAAAACUAGAAGCUAAAGCAGAGAAAAAAAUUAAGCGAGAAGCAGAGUUAAAAGAUCGUGAAGAUCGUAAAAAACAACAAGAAGCUGAAGAAGCAGAAAGAAAAGCUCGUGAGGAUCAUGAACGACGACAGGAACAAGAACGGUUAGCUGUUGAAAAAAGAUUAGCCGAAGAAAAAGCUAAACGAGAACAUGAGGAGUAUUUGAAAUUAAAAGAAACUUUUAGCAUAGAAGAAGAAGGAUUUGAGGAAACCUUGGAUGACGAAGGAGCUACAUUAUCUCAGUUUAUUAACUAUAUCAAAGAAAAUAAAGUUAUUAUACUUGAUGAGUUAGCUAUGGAGUUUAAAUUAAAAACACAAGUUGCUAUUGAUAGAAUACAAAAUUUACUAGACAACGGUUCGUUAACAGGGGUAAUCGAUGAUCGUGGAAAAUUCAUAUUUAUAUCACAAUAUGAACUUGAUGCAGUAGCUUCGUUCAUCAAAAAACGCGGACGGGUAUCAUUAACUGAAUUGGCAGAGCAUAGUAACAACUUAAUUGUUUUAGAAAAAUCAGUUACUUCAGUAAUAUAAAACAUCGAAAAUAACUAUUAUUCAGUUCUUGUUACUUUUUUUUAUUUUCAAAAAUAAUAACAAUAUACUAUUUAUAUUUAAA